UUGGGAUUUGCAAGUCUACGCGAUUUGGUGUCUACGUUAGAUGAAGAUAUCUGUAUUAGCAUGCUUCGGCGGGGAGAGUAUCUUUCAGCCCGCCUAUGGCGCUGUCUCCGCGUAAUUAUGAGAGAGGAACUAGAACGCUGUCCUCAUCGUCGCCAGACAUCCUGUAUGUGCCCCUCUGCCGGUUGCCGGGCGACAGAGUCCUUCUCUACGUUGCAAGUUGUGCUGAGGGAGAACUGAAAUUGUAAUGGAUUGCUCAGUGCCUUGCAAAAUCGGGCGCUUGUGUUGUUCCCGGUCUUUUUGUGUGUUAUUUUCCCGUGUUUUCACCGUGGUCGCUCCUGAAGUCGCACCAUGAAACAGGAGAACCUUUGUGCCGCCCCGAUUCGUGAACAGGUCCGAGUGGAGCCAGUUCCGUGGCACGCUGCGGCUGGGUGUUUCCUUUACUUUUAUUCUUCAGUUGAACUGGGGAAAAACAUGCAAAUCUCCCUUUGUUGACGAGUUAUAGGAACCACUCGUUCUCCUGAGGGAUCAUCUGCUCAGGCGAGCGUGAUCCGUAUGCGUUGUCCGCGCCCUGACUUCGCGGCUUUUAUCGUCCCUCUAUAUCGCGUCUGGAUCCUCAAAGAACGUUCUUUUGUAGAAUUGUUUUCUCCAUAGAACCAGUGGACCCACCACCCGGGACACUCCUCCACAAGUUUGGGUCUUUUCCUGAGUAGACGGCAUCUUCAGAAGAGGGAACUGGUCGCUGUGCGGACCGGCGGUAGGCCGGUAGGGCAGCGUUCGCGGAAGGACGACUUUCCUCCGCCCAUUUCCGACGCUCUUUGAGGGUCAUCUAAAGACCCUGGGUUGUGAGGCACGGGACGAGCACGUGGAGAAGGACUGACAAGAAGAAUAUAAGGGUGGCUCCGGUCGUGUAUUCUUGCACUCUGGUUGGGCGUAGCCGUUGCUGAAGUUCGGUUGACGUGCCGGGGCGAGCCUCGCUCGGGCGCAGUCACUUUUCUCCAUUAGACGUUUUGACGAGGAAUAUAAAGCGCUGUGGGACUUCUGGCUUAGAGGUUGCCGCAGCGUGACGAAGAACUGCGUCCGUUUAGUCGGAAUGACGACGAACGCGUCGGGAGUGGAAGAGUCUCUUUCGUCGAGCGUUUUCUUCGGGCUACCCCUGCACAAACUCGAGUUCCCUCACAAUGGCACUGCCGGUUCAGUUUUCUUUCGUGCUUUCUCCAGGCACUUCGAAUCGCCGUAAACCGGGGCAGCUGACCCGUGUGGCUGCUGCGUCUCAGCCGCUGGCGAGGUCUCUUCCGUGGAGAAGCCAACGCGCUUCUCGCGGACUGGUUUUUGGUGUUGCAGUAGCGUUGGCGACGGUGCUCUGUUUUACCGGCGAGGAAAGUCUGUCCGUCGCGAGCGUGAGCUUGUUCCCCGUGGUUACCUCUGUGGAGGCAGCGGACCGGAAACCAGAUGGAGAUUCCCCCAAGAAAGCGGGUACCGAGAACAGCGGCAAUGGGGGCAGGCACCAAAAAGCUGGCCACUCUCGUCGGCACGGGAGCAGAAGCCACGGGAAGACGUGGAAACGCCCGCCUCCCAUGCCCGAGCAUCGCGUCCAACGAGCGCUGAGCAUGUUCGAGAAUGUUCACGGUCAAAUGACGUUGUUUUUCAAGGGGUUUUCUCGGGAAGGAAGCGUCGUUGCUUACGACUUGCUAGACGAGCUUCGCACGGUCAAGGAGGCAACCUACAUGAUGGACGUCGAGUUCCUGGUGCUGGACCGGGUCAUGGACCACUACAAAAGCCAGUCUCACCUCCGCAUUGUCGAUACGAAGAUCAUGUGCAAGUUCCUAGACUUGUCCAAUUUGCUGCCCUGGAGGAUCCCGGGAGUGCUGUCGGCCAUCAAGAAAAUGGUUCUGGAGUACCAACCUGUGCUGCAACAGUUUCUCAAUCGGUACGAGCACCUCAUCGAGGCCCUCAUUCUCACGAGUGUGCCUACCGCGCUCCACCCGUUCCGAGCCCUGGUCGCGGCGCUGCUCGGAGUGCCUCGGAACAAGCUUGUGUUUGCAUCCAGUCUUGAAGACCUGGAGAAGUUCAUUCCACGUGAUGACAUCCCGGUGGAGUUCUGGAACCCGACCGGCGGCCCUGUACGAGAGGGCUGGGAAAACAAAGUCAGCUGGCGGAUCAUGUUGGAGGAAGUGCAGCAGAAACUGGGUGCUGACUCUGUGACGCCCGCAGGCAAGUUGUUGCUUCAGAACAUCAAAGACGAGGAGGCCCGCCGCGAACCUUCUACACGUUCGACCCAUGCACGCGCCGCGGGCGGGGAUGCCUCCUCUGGAGCGGAAGCGACGGACGAAAAAGCUGAGAGCGAAGAACUUGUCAUUACAGGACAAGUUAACGCAGAACCACCUGGGGUUUCUGGGACUGAAGGGGAUGAUGUCAGCAGCAGUGAAAAAACAAGCAAAUCGGGAGAUUUUUCUUUCGGAGUUUUCUCGAGCGCCCCAGGCGACGAGGGAGCCUCGUUCGACCCUGAAGACUUUGACGAUGUGGACUGAGGCACACGGUGCGACUCGGACAGCGACGCGCCUCACUUGCCCGUUGUGUGUUGUUUCCGCGUUUCAACUAGGUGACGCAACUUCGCAAUGGAGUGGUUGCUCGCUCGCUUGAGAGGAAGGACGAUGAACGAAACCAUCUGCGUCGCUCAGCUCCUGCGUCUUUGUGGGAAGAGACUGUCGUCCCUUAUGUGUGAUCGCGAAACCCGUUGCUUUUGUUAAAUCACUGAAGUGGUGGGUCUACCCAUUUCAAUGGACGCGCCGACGUGAAUUUUCUCGGCGUGAUGUGAAAAUAGCGUUGGAUGGGUGAGGAGGGAAGGGACGUGAGUGAUAGGGAUUUUUGGCACACGUUUUUUCAGCCGUCGUCUUGACAUGUGUUUAAGACUCGCGUUUUUCAUGGAACUGGUAUAGGUACCAGCCGUUUCCUCGCUGGUGUUAGGUUUUUGCUGAGCUUGAGCCGUCAGCGACAGCCAACGCCCCUGUUUGUCAAGGCACCAAGCAACUCGGGACUCCAUAAUCUCAUGGCCCCAGCGC